ACUUUAGUUCUUCGUGUUUCCGUUUCCGUUUUCUUGGCUGUUUAUGAGAAAUGUUAACCGUUGUUUUAUUUGUUUUUGUGUUGUGAUUAUUUUUUUCACUACCGAAUUAUAAAAGAAAUACGAAUUAAUGUGGUCAUCAAACGAAAACAGCACACAACCGCCGCAAACUGUUCGGCAGGAUUUCAGAAUGUUAACUGAAAGCAAAUCUCGAUUACAGCAUUUCAAAAAUAAAGGUAAAGAUCAAGAUGAAAUGAGAAGAAGACGCAACGAAGUGACUUUCGAGCUGCGCAAAAAUAAACGAGAUGAAUCUUUAUUAAAACGCCGGAACGUCCCAUUACCUGACCCCAAUGACGACGAUGAUGGAGAUGACUCUCCACUUCCUACCAGCCUUGAAGAGAUAGUAAGCAAUGCCCUAAGUGAUGACCCAGCUAUCCAACUUGCGGCUGUUCAGGGUGCAAGAAAAUUGCUUUCUAGUGAUCGAAAUCCACCUAUUGAUGAUUUAAUACACUGUGGAAUUUUACCAGUUCUUGUUAAUUGUCUAAAGCGGCAUGAUAAUUCAUCUUUGCAAUUUGAAUCGGCCUGGGCAUUGACAAAUAUUGCGUCUGGAACCUCCUUGCAUACAACUGCUGUUGUAAAUUCGGGCGCAGUUCCCUUGUUCUUGGAGUUGCUGAAAUCCCCACAUCAAAAUGUUUGUGAGCAAGCAGUUUGGGCUCUUGGUAACAUUAUUGGAGAUGGCCCAGAUUUUAGAGAUUACGUAAUAAAAUUAGGUGUUGUCCCUCCUCUGCUAUCUUUCAUCAAACCUGAUAUACCUCUUUUUUUCUUAAGGAAUGUAACCUGGGUUAUUGUAAAUUUAUGCCGAAAUAAAAAUCCACCUCCUCCUGCUGAAACUAUUAGACAAAUAUUACCUGCUUUAUGCAUGCUGAUUCAUCACACUGACAUUAAUAUAUUAGUUGACACAGUGUGGGCUUUGUCAUACUUAACUGAUGGAGGGAAUGAUCAAAUUCAGAUGGUGAUUGAUUCACAAAUCGUGCCUCACUUAGUUCCAUUGCUGAGCCACCGUGAAGUUAAAGUCCAAACAGCAGCUCUGAGAGCAGUGGGAAAUAUUGUAACAGGUACAGAUGAGCAGACGCUAGUGGUACUUAACUGUGAUGCUCUCUCUCAUUUUCCUGCUUUGUUGAAUCAUCCUAAGGAAAAAAUCAACAAGGAAGCUGUUUGGUUUUUGUCAAACAUCACUGCUGGGAACCAACAGCAAGUUCAAGCAGUAAUUGAUGCUGGAUUGAUACCUAUGAUUAUUCAUCAUUUGAAUAAAGGAGAGUUCCAGACACAAAAAGAGGCAGCAUGGGCUAUUAGUAACCUCACUGUUAGUGGUUCUAAAGCGCAAGUUGCUUACUUAGUUGAGCAAAAAGUUAUACCACCUCUUUGCAAUCUUCUUACCGUUAAAGAUCCCCAAGUCAUCCAAGUUGUACUGGAUGGUAUCAGUAAUAUAUUGAAAUUUGCUGGACCACAAUUCUUCUCUGUUGCCAGUAAUAUAGAAGAAUGUGGAGGUUUAGAUAAAAUUGAAGCUCUUCAAAAUCACGAAAAUGAAGAGAUCUACAAAGUAGCAUAUGAGAUUAUUGAUCAAUAUUUUUCUGAUGACUUGGAAGAUGAAGAUCCUGCUGUAUUGCCUCCAUCGAAUGACGAAUGCUACCAAUUCGACCCUAAUUCUGUUCUUCCAUCUGAUGGUUUUAAAUUUUAAAGCCUGGAACAGGUUUUUGCUAGGUUCUUUCAUUUCAACCAAAUAUGUUAUACUUCAUCUUUUAUAUAAAAAGGAAAAUCCUGUCGAUAUUUUAAAAACUUUGACUAUUUUUCAAGGUGUUAAAAAAUAAAUGCUUGGUGUAAGUAAAGACAUCAAAAUUUGAUUUAAACUACACUUAGAAUGGAAAUGGUUAUGAUAUGGAACUUGAGACUAGUUUCAACUGUUACUAGCAACAAAUUUAUUUAAAUUUUCAGAAAGGCUAACAACUUUUAAAGCUACAAUUCUGAUACUUUAGUGAGAAUCAUAUUAAAAUGGAAAAUUUUGCAUUCUUGAAAUUAACAUUUGUUUAUGAAGCAAACAAACUCAAAAACAUUGACUGUUUAACUUUACCAACAUACAUAAAUUGAAUUUGAAAAAUUAAUUUUACUUUGAUUUAGUCGUAAAGUAAUAUUGAAGGCAGUUUCUGAUUAGAAAACAUUGGUCUUGCAAGUAUUUGAUUUGUUACAUGUCUGCAAUAGCAAAUGUGACAGUAUUGCAAAAUUUACGUAGUUUUGUUCUGGCAACAGCAGCUCUUAUAUAAAUAAAGAUUUAUUAUUUUUUUAUGGGGAGGGGGGGAUAUAUCGGUAUCUGUUCCGAGGUACUAGCUUUACCAAAAUUUUUUAAAAAAAUAUCUCGUGGCUUCUUAGGAGGUAGCUACGAGUCAUACCUGUUGAAUUGGUCUCCUUUUGGGAUGUUCUUGUUACCGACUGCUCGAAAAUCGCCGAAACUUCAUACUUAUAUUCAUAUAGAGACCAACAUGGAAAUAUUACCCCUGUUUUUUUUAAUAUGUCUAUUGAUUUAAUACUUUUCUUUUUGGAAAGUACAUAACAUGAUUUACCCUUUAAAAAUCGACUAUUAUUUCACUAUUUUUUAUGAUGAUUUUCCAUUUUGUUUAUUAUAAUAGAAAUCUGAAGCAGCGCUAAAACAAGUAUCACAGUUAAAUAACUGCAGCAGACAUGUCACAAAUCAUUAUAUUUUUCAUGUAAUUGUAAGAUGCACAACGGUUUGCUCCUUAUAUCUGUAGAAUAUUUGUUUAUAUACCUAUAGAUUUUAAGAUUUAACUUUUAAAAAAAAAUUAUUUCUCUAAUAUGAGCAUGAACAUUUUAAAAUGGGAUAUUAGUUUGAAAUGUAUUAAGUAACUAAAUAAGCAAUAGGACAGCAUUUGAUAAAAUCAUCUAAAUCAGUUUCUAAUGAACUUUCAAAAUAGAAUGACAUAUUUUAUUCAUUAUAAAUAAAAUUAAUUAUUAAUUUAGAAUGGUGUUUGAAACAUUUACUAUUAAUUAUGUUAUAGGAAAUUGGAAUAGAAAAUGUUCUAAAAACUAAUCUUUGUAUGGAAUUUGUAUAAUUAUAUUUUUUAUUUAUUAAUAAAUAAAGUUAUUAUUAAACACUGAUAUUUUUUAAUAAUUAAAUACUUGUAAAUGUGUCCUUGAGUUAGAAGUUUUGUAAUACUUAAUGAGUUCAUUUUGAGGUGCAGAAUAGUAUUUUUAUUUUAAUCAGAGACAGUUGAACUCACUUGUAGCAAACUCAAAGGGUCCGCAAUAUUCGCUCAUUACAGCUAGGUUCUUGUGAAAUAAUUCAUACAUACUUAGUAAAUGAUACUUCUAAAUAGUAAUAUAUUUAUUUUUCAUUCCUGUGUAGAACUAACGGAGUUAAUUUUCUUUGAACUGUCUAAUUGUCCUUGAGAUAAGACUGCUAGCCCUAAAUGCAUCGUCAACAACAAAAAGGAUAUUGUGGACCGGACCAAAAAAAAUAGUAUUCUAAAAAGGAAUGUGUCCAAGAAAAAGUAGCUGAGCUGGACAGAUGGAAUAAAGUAUAAAUUUUAUGAAUCAGAAAAAUAUUGCUUAUCAAAAGUAAUCUGUGCUCCAAUAGACAGCAUUGUACCAAUCAAGUAUUUCCAAAUUUUUCGUAAAAUCAGCGCGUAUUAUAAGCGAGUUCAACUGUAAUGAUUUGAGUAUAGGCUAUCUUAGCUCUAAAAUAAUCCUGAUAUUUGUAUGAAAAUAUAUCUUACUUAUAUUUUACCUUUUUAAAAUGCACAAUUUUCAUUUAAUUUGUAAAUUGUUCAUUUUAUUAAACAACUUAAAUAAUAAGAUCUGUAUUAUUAUUUUUAGUUCUAGACAUUUGAAUGAAAUUAGUGUAUCACAUUUUUUAUUCUGAAAAAUAUUUAAAAUCAAAUCUAAAUUUUCUUACUGUUGUAUUUUAUAUUAAAUGUAUUAAUUUAUCCAUGUACUUGACUGUGUUUUUUUAACUAUCUUGAUAAUUUUUGAUAGUAUAAAUUAAACUAAAUACUAGUCAGAAAUUACAAUUACAAAUUAUUGUACAUUGAAUUCUUCAAUAGGGUUUGAAAUAAGAGUACUUACGUAUUAUCCCAUUGACUGUUUUUGCUAAAUUUAGAAAUAUUUCAAAUUUAAAUAUCUCUUUUUUUUUACAAUAAGUUAUACUUGUAUUUUGUAAAUUUUUUUAAUCAAUUGUUAUAUUAAAAUAAAUUUGAAAAAUACCAAAAUAACGCUGGUACGAUAUUGACAAAAAUAUCUAUGGAAUAAUACAUAAAAUACCAAAAUAAGUUAUGAUACUGCAUUGUGAUUGUAAUCAUUUGCAUUCUGUGUACCUAAAAUUUCAAAGUUCUCAAAUUUAAUCAAAAAAAUAAAAUAUCUUUAAUUUAUGCUGA